AAUGAUAAUAUCGAAGCAUGCCAUGAAGUGGAAGAGGCGUUUGUGAAGUGUGGCAAGGCCAUAGCCCAUCUUUGUAGCCAGUCGCUGGAAAUACCUUAUCGCCUUCGCUACAAAGCCGGGCAUAGGUAUAUCCACGGUUAUUGGGAAAGCAAGAGCCGUUUCAUUCGUGAUGCGUUCAUGGACAGCCGUGACGCCUGCAAUCGCCUCAAGAACACACAGCAAGCAGACGAUCGAAAGAAGCAUAAGCAUAAGGCUGAUGCACGCACGUCUCUGAGAACACUGGUUGUCCACGGGGAUUCCCAUUUCUUUAUGCUUCCAGAUGAAGAAAGAUUAAUUUGGGGUGGUGAUUUCCGGUGGCGUCGCAGUGACGGGCUCCUGCCCAGCUGUGAAGAUUUUGACUGGCUCGUCGACUACUUGGUGGAAGAAGCAAACACCGCAGCAGAUGAUAAAACUGUAGGCGACGCUCUGCUUGCGCUGAGUGCCAUGCCCAACCUAAGGAGCUCUACCAAGCGUCAUUCCUACAUAACGGCGCUCAUCCGUUGCAUAGACCCUGCCAGACCUCCCCGUGUCCGACAUGCUGCACUACGAGCCAUUGCUGAUGCUGGAGAAGAAUUGGCAUCCAUGACAAAUGAGUCAAUACCACAGAGUGUGGAUGCAACACUCUUGAACAAGCUUUCGUGUGCUAUUUUGACUGUUGUAUGUCCAAAUCACUCGCAGGACCAGACAGUCCCAUGCAGUACCUCUUUUCAGUGGCGUGGAGGUGCUUGCUACUUUCGUCUCAUAUUUGCUCUUGCACAGAGUGAUGAGUGGCGCGAACGUCUGACCCGUGAUGGUCAUUUCGAGCAUUGCAUUGUUCUAGCCAAGCACCUAACCCAGACUUGGCUUGCCGGAUGCUACCUUGCUGGGGUCUUCGCAUAUAUCAAUUCCUCAGACAAGCUUCUUCCUCUCGACCCUACCCAGAAGAGGUGGCAGGCAUUCAUCAGGAAAGGAUGGGAAGGAGCACGCUACGGAGUUUACACAGACGUCGACGUCGGCGCGCUAUCUGCCCUCGUUGUGGCGACAAGGCAUAAAUUGCGAAGCUGGGAUUUUAGCGUUCCUAACGAAGAGUUAACAGAACUCACUGCAUGUGUGUAUAGGGCUUUGGAAUCAAUGCAAAGCACGAAAGAUUCCCUUGUGCUUUUUGGUCUAGAUCAGGUUCUAUUCGAUGCUGCCCUAUCCUCUGUGCAGGGCUUGUAUGACGAUUUGCGUCGCAUGAUCGAGAACCCAAAUGCUUUGCAGACGGACAAUGGGUCUUUGCAGUCUUAAAGGCGGGUCGUUAUGUAGCAGUAUCACAUAUCCUACAAUACUAACUUCAAGUUGAACUUGGAUUGGUAUUCGAGCCAUUAAUUUACCAGUAAGUACUGCACCUACUAUUCAAUUCCGUGCGAUAACUGUUUUCCCUUCAUGA